AUGACAGACAUUAGGGGCCUCCCACCCAUCAUGGUUGGUGAACCAUACCCUGGAGUGGCCCUUGGGGUGGAAGAAGGUCUACUCUGCCAGCUGCUUCAUUCUCCAGAGUUCAACCUAUUUCCCAAUUCAGCUGUCUUUGAAAGUAACUUCAUCCAGGUCACAAAGACUGAGGAUCGGGUAGAUGAUGAGGAUAGGUCCACAACUGUGAUCCUUGGAGUGACCUCUUCAGUGCCAAGCCUGCCACUACCAAACAUCUUCCUGAUGGCUAACAUCACCUGGCCCCACAGACAUUUAUCAACAUGGACCAAAACCAUCAAUGCACCAACUAUCACUCUUAGUAGGAUUGUCCCACUGAAAUUUGUGGAGAUCUUGAUCUAUGACAAGUCCCAACGUGUCCUGAGGGUCAGAACUGUGACUGAAAAGAUCUAUUACAUGAAGCUCCAUCCCAAACACCCUGAAACUGUCUUCCAUUUCUGGAUCCGACUGGUGAACAUUUUACAGAAGGGCUUGUCCAUCACCACCAAAGAUCCCAGAAUCCAUGUGAAUCAUUGCUUGGUGCCCAAAACCCCUAGCAUAAUCUUUCUGGAAGAAUCAACAAAAUAUGACCCACCAGUCUCCCAGUCAAGUGAGAGCCUGGUGCUGCUGAAGGCCACAGGGGUACAUGAAACCUUCUCUGAUCUCUGUAUAGAUCGUAGCACCAAGAAAGACCGAUUAAAGAGAAGUUCUAACAGUAAUAAAACCAAUGAAACAGAAAUUAAAGGAGAAGCCAAAUCCAUCUCAGGUGCUAAGUUCACUAACCAGUGUCCGGUAGAAGCAGCGCCCAAUCUACCAACCCCUUCUGAGUUUGAAUACCCUAAGCCAAGGUUCCGGUCAAUCCAUCCCUGUGAUAGCCACGCCCUCCUGAAGAAGAACCUGCUACACACAGGAUUGCUGAAAGAAUUAAUUGUCCAUAAAAACCAUACAAAAGUAGAGAAGAACCAAAACACAGACAUCUGGAAUCAUGUCACAAAGUGCAGAUUGCUAGCAAACAUACAUCCAACAACUAUGUGAAAUGAAUUUUAAAGCAUGCCAAAAGGAGUAGCAAGAAAAGUAAGAAUGGCAGAGACAGCACCGGCCCUGAAGUCAGGAGGACCUGAGUUCAAAU